AUGGUUUUGGACUUUGAUUCAGCCACGACAGCUGGGGCCUAUGCAGAACUUACAACUGGGUUCCAGGUUUCAGGAUGGAUGGAGAAUUUACACGUGAAUUGCCCUUCUGCAGUGGAAGUGAGAGCAUCUAGAAGAAUUGGCAAGUGUAUCCAUUUUGUGUGGCUGGCAAUGAUUUCAGAACUGAGAUUAACAGACUGGCGUAGCCUCGAUUUUUGGUUCAUUAUACUUCUGAUAACUUUGCUCUGGUUUGUGAGACUUUUCCUGCAUUACUACGGUCAGUGGCUCUUCCUGAAGACUGUUUCGAUUCCUGUUAUAAAGUUCCAAAUCUACCCUCACACGUUUGAGCUCUGCUACCAGAAUUCCGCAUUGCACACCAGAGACGAAUUGGCCAUGGUUCUGGUUGGCCCGCUAAUGCUGAAUGCGGUUAUGCUGCUGAUGGUUCUGAUCAGAUGGGGCUGUCAGCUGCUGUUUGCCUUCUUCCCGGACUCAUUGUCGAAGUUAAUCAUCGUUAUGGGGCUCUGGACAGCGCUAGACCCGUUAGCCGUUUUUGUUGUGGAUGUUGCCCUUGGGCGACUUACCUAUGAAGCAGAUUCUGCAACUGCUGAUGUGGCCAAGCUCUACUGGUUCUUUAUAAGAACAAAGCAAUCGGGAGUCUUUGGUAUACUGAUCACUGUGUUAUUUUAUCUGCUUCUGUUCAUCAUUUCAUCUACAAUUUUGUAUCUUUAUUUACUCAGGUGGAGAGUUUUCAAGAGAGGUCUUCAAGACACCCAUGGAUCACAUAAUUCUCUGGUGAAUUGGAGAAUGGUUAGACACAGGAUAGUUCACGGUUUAGCCUAUCUUGAACCUGAUUUCUCCCCUCUUCGCUUGUAA